UUGUUUGGGCUUUGGACCUUGGUGUUUCACGUGUUGGGUGUUGGCUACUACUCCUUUACUGCUCUUCAAAUACUUCGAUCGCCCUCAAGGAUAAAUGGUGGAAGUGGGAAACCUCUCAUCACUUGUAUCCUCCGUAAAUUAAUUUGGCUCUAGAGUACGUGCUUCUUUUUACAGCUACUCCGAGAAGGGUUUCUGUGUUUUCGACCAAAACAGGGGCUUUAUCAAAGGGAUGGAGUCUAUGGAAAUCAAAUCGCCUGGAGAUUUUCCAGAGACACCAGCAAGAUUGGGUGGGAUCUCCGACUCAUUUCACAGGAAGAAGCUUGGAAUGUAUUUCAUUGAGAGUGAUGAUAGGCGAACAGCCAUGGGAGGUGGCUAUGUAGGAGGAACUACUCCUGUCAAUAUCCGUGGGAAGCCGAUUACUGAUCUAUCAAAGACUGGGGGUUGGAUUGCUGCCUUUUUUAUUUUUGGAAAUGAAAUGGCAGAGAGAAUGGCUUAUUUUGGACUUUCAGUUAACAUGGUGGCAUUUAUGUUUUAUGUCAUGCAUCGGCCCUUUUCCAGUUCAGCAAAUGCUGUUAAUAAUUUCCUAGGAAUAUCACAGGCUUCAUCUGUGCUUGGUGGAUUUCUUGCUGACGCAUAUCUUGGUCGAUAUUGGACAAUAGCAAUUUUCACUACCAUCUAUCUUGCGGGUCUAACAGGAAUAACCUUGUGUGCAACAAUGAGCACAUUUGUUCCAAACCAAGACCAAUGUGGUCAGCUGUCCCUUCUUUUAGGCAAUUGUGAGCCAGCAAAACCAUGGCAGAUGAUGUACCUCUAUGGAUUUCUUUAUCUUACUGGAUUUGGAGCUGCAGGUAUAAGGCCUUGUGUCUCCUCUUUUGGGGCUGAUCAGUUUGAUGAAAGGAGUAGAGAUUACAAGUCUCACUUGGACAGAUAUUUUAAUCUCUUCUAUCUUUCUGUCACCAUUGGAGCAAUUGUGGCCUUUACUAUGGUAGUCUACAUUCAAAUGAAGCAUGGAUGGGGAUCUGCUUUUGGUUCAUUAGCCAUAGCUAUGGGUAUAUCCAAUAUGCUCUUCUUUGUAGGCACUCCUUUAUACAGGCACAGGUUGCCUGGGGGCAGCCCCCUGACAAGAGUGGCCCAGGUCCUAGUUGCUGCCUUUCGGAAGAGAAAUGCUUCCUUUUCCAGUAGUGAGUUAGUAGGCUUGUAUGAAGUUCCAGGCAAGCGAUCUGUUAUAAAGGGAAGUGGAAAGAUAGCUCACACUGAUGAUUUUAGGUGUCUAGACAAGGCAGCUCUGCAACUGAAAGAAGAUGGUGCCGAUCCCAAUCCUUGGAGGCUUUGCACUGUUACACAAGUAGAAGAGGUCAAGAUACUACUGAAACUCCUUCCAAUACCAGCCUGCACUAUAAUGCUCAAUGUAAUUUUGACAGAAUUCUUGACUCUAUCAGUCCAGCAGGCAUAUACCUUGAAUACCCACAUGGGACGUCUGAAACUCCCAGUGACAUGUAUGCCUGUUUUUCCUGGCCUCAGCAUUUUCCUCAUUCUGUCUCUCUACUACUCCAUCUUUGUCCCAUUGUCCCGCCGCAUUACAGGUCACCCCCAUGGUGCCUCUCAGCUUCAAAGGGUUGGCAUUGGUUUGGCAGUCUCUAUCUUGUCUGUGGCUUGGGCUGGGGUUUUCGAGAGAUACAGAAGAAACUAUGCAAUCAAGCACGGGUAUGAAGCUAGCUUCUUGAGUCCCAUGCCCGACCUAAGUGCAUAUUGGUUAUUGAUACAAUACUGCCUUAUUGGCAUAGCUGAAGUAUUUUGCAUUGUGGGUCUUCUAGAAUUCCUCUAUCAAGAGGCCCCAGAUGCCAUGAGGAGUAUAGGAUCUGCUUAUGCUGCUGUAGCUGGGGGUUUUGGCUGCUUUGCAGCCUCUAUAUUAAACAGCAUUAUCAAGUCUGUUACGGGGGAUACAAAGGCAGGCCGGUCCUCAUGGCUUUCCCAGAACAUAAAUACUGGUAGAUUUGAUUAUCUGUACUGGCUUCUUACCGUUUUGAGUGUAAUAAAUUUCUGUGCUUUUCUAUAUUCUGCACAGAAGUAUAAGUACGGGGAAGAGAGGGAUCCGGAGAAUGGGGAACAGAAUGUAACAAUGAGGUGAAAGAAAAUUUGUUGACCCAGAAGAGUCUAUAAGUGACAAGGGAGAUGGGAUUUUAGGGUGAAACAUCAACUGUAAAUUCCACACUUGGCAGUUUCCAACUGUAUUGAUAAGGUGCAGUUGACUAAAAGUUCUUGUUUCUUGUUUGUGAUGUUUGUGUUGAAUGACUCCAUUUGAUUACAAGACGGCUAAUUUCAUAUUGCAAGGACCAUUUUGGGCCACUCAGGGCCAUG